AAGAAUUCAUUUGAAGAUUAUGAUCAACAACCUUUAUCUGCUUUAAUUGGACCAUUCAAAAGUAAUCUUGAUAUUUGUCUAUAUUUGAGUAAGACUGAUAAAUUUGAUACACUUUCAGAAAGA